AAAUAAACAAAAAUAAACGAACAUACACACACACAAAAACCAUGUACGUCUCCACCCCAUUAAAAGAGGAGCAUCAAAAUGGUAUCAGUUUUUGAGAACAAAAAUGUAUUUGCCUGGCAUUGGAAAGCUGAGUUUUCUUGGGGAGAUCAUUCCGCAAUCUAGGGAAUGGGGAAAACAUUAAUGAAUAGUCCUCUUCUCUCAUUGCAACCCGCUGCACGUCUGGAAUUUCCCGGCUUUUCAGCCACAAAAGGAACUGGUACGUAAUCAUUUUUUGGGUGGCUAGAUCCCCAACCCCAAUUCGAGACAGAUUUCUACAUUCAUAUAAAGGGAGCUAGCUCAUCAAUUUCUAGCAUCUGUGCUGUAAUCUUCACCAGUACCAGCGCUGAAUGUGCUUCCCUCCACCUGCCACUUUAGCCUUAGGCUUCAGAGUCUGCUCAAUUCCUGUUAACUUAGCAGUACACCCUGUAUGGACAAUGUGGUACAGCCUCCCCAACUAGAAGCAAGAGAUAACAUCUCCAAGCCAUGGGCAGUUUUGCAGGAGUCUGGGGAGAGCUACAAACCUCAUCUUCUCCUUUCUUUGCUCAUUUGUGUUGCAUUUUUAACUUCCAUACCCGUAUCCUCUCAACUUUCAGUACCCUAGGCAACCAGUUUAAUGACAACACACAGUCAACUGUGAUGUCACAACUUGCAGCAUCCUUUAGUUGUUCCCUAUGACAGCGGGGAGAUCAUUUGGCAGACUUGGUGGAGAGAAAGAAUCAGAGAGGGGUCAAGGCAGGUUUCCACACUAGCUAGAUCAGCCACCUGCUAAAUGUAUGGAAAUAGUAGCACUUAUCCAAUAUCUUGAAUAUUUUUUCCCUGAAAGAACUUACGAAUCAAAGCUGUUGGCAAAUCCACAAGAAUGUAGCCGUUGUUAAUUUUUUGGUUUACAUGACUGCAUUAAAUAUUUUUUUGCGGAUCAGUGUAAUUAAGCCCAUUAAUGAAAGACCUGGAAGAACCUGGGCAGAAUCCAAGGCUUAUUUUCUUAAUGUAUUGCCUAACAUUGUGGUCUCCUCCUGGCUUGUGUGUUCAGUCGCCUCUGAAGUUUGACAGGGCAAUACAAUCUCCACCCUUGCCUCAUCGGCUGGAAAAACGAAAUACCAAUUUCCUCCGUUACGGGUUUGCAGGUAAGAAGUUAGCAAACUACUGCUUUGCUGCCAUGAACUGAUUAAAGUACCCUAUAAUAGGAUGACAUUUUGCAAGAGACGGUCAAGUUAACUUUGCACUAUAUUCAUGUUCACUGUUGGGAUACAGAACAAAUUAAGUUACACAGGAAGUGUUCUGGUAACCUUGGUUUUUCUGUGUGUUUUAAUAGUACAGAGUUGUAUUUAACCUGUUGCUCAUAAUAAAACAAUCUCUACUACACUAACACAAGCUGCUUCCCUAGCUCUGUGUUUGAAAGCUAUUCAGCUAUGCCUUGCUGCUGGAAGUCCUUAAUGGAAUAAGUAAAAUCUAUGUUUUCAAGCAGAUCAAGCAAAUGGGGGAUGAGGGACAUUGUGCUAAAAACAAACAUCUUUUACAACAUUUGUGGACUAAUUUUGCUGUUGGCUGUGCUGUCCCUGGCUGAAACAAUGAUGAUUCAAUUAUUUCAGGAAAAGUUUUCAAUCGUUUUUUCCAAUUGAGGCCACCACCAUAAGACUUCUGGCAAAAGUUGUGCAGGUGUUAUAUUAUCUGCUGGGGAGCUCCCUCUGGUCGCAACCACAUAUAAAUCUGUUAAAAAUGGGAAGAGUGCAUGCAAGUGGGCACAUACAAGAGCAAAGGGGCAGUUGAAACUGGCAUCUUUGAACAUAUUUUUUAAAAUAAAAAAUUACAUAUAUAUGUGCAUAGAUAAAUCGUCUGAAACUGGUAUGGCAUUCAGAUCACGAUACCAGUUUCAGACAAUUUGAGCUGGUGCUAAAACAUGCCAGCUCAAAUUGCUUGCAGAUGGGCUCCAUCUGCCUGCUUGCUUGUGCCUUUAAGGAAAGCUCCUGUUCCCCAGCUGAGCAACUGAACGAAGCCCUGAUGCUCCUCUAGCUCAUGUGAGCUGGAGUGGUAUGGGGGCUUUGUAGGGCUGGGAAGAGAGGAAGAAGCAGCCAUGAUAGUUAGCAGAGUCAGACAUGAUAUAUCAGCAUAUCACGGUUUUUAGCUGCUGAUAUAUCACAACAUUGAAAACCAGAUAUUGCCCAGCCCUAAAGGGGCUAGGAAACCAAGUCCGAUGAGGAAUGUUUGAAGGAGUAUCUUUAUCCUGGAAAAGAGGCAAUAUGGUAGCCAUCGUCAAAUAUGUGAAGGGCUCUCACAUAGAGAGGAUGGGGAAGAGCCACUAUAGCUCAGCGGUUGAGUAUUUGCUUCUCAUGCAAAAGAUCUUUGGUCCAAUUCCUGACAUGUUCAGGUAGGACAGGGAAGGACCCUUGCCUGAGACCCCAGAGAGCAGCUACCACUCAUUGUCAACAAAACAGCUUGGUGGGCCAGUGAUCUGGCUGCCUGACUAAAGCUCAGCUUCCUGUGUUCCAAAAUACGGUCCUGCAAAUAUGCGCAGGAUUAUGCCGAAUAAUGGUCCCACAAGCACUGCCUUCUGUGGGGCAUACUAGGUAGCAAUGAAAGUGUGCCAGAGUUUCUAUCCUGAACAGCCAGUCCAGAAGGACAUUGUGGUUCAUGGUAUCCACAUCUGUUGAGAGGCUGCUUAGUUACAGUCUCCAAUGUCUACUUGCCUAAGGUCAUUAAGUAGAACCACAAAGGAAGUGUCAAUGCGAAACAUGGGCCAGGAGAUUCAGGAGUACAGAAAAAGAAACUUCUGACUUGAAGAACUAUUGAGAGGAAGGGGUAUGGAUGGAAUCUAGUCUUUUGGGGCUUCAUCCUGUCUCUCAGCUCAAGGGACUCAUUUCCCACUUUCUUUGACCUGCUGCGUUAACUUCAGUAUGGAAAUCUCUGUGCAGAAGUUUCUUACAAUGUAUCAGUCAUAUGGGAGCAUGACAGAUCCACAUAUGUGCAAAAAGUCUUUGGAUAUAAGGUUUUAGGAUCAAGGCUAUUGAAUGCAGCUCGUAAUCUAUUUAAAACAAACAACAGCAGUGCAAAACUCUUAACUUAUUUAAAUAGAUCUAUUUAGAAGAUCAUGCUUGCAAUUCAUUUUGGGCCUUUGGGUGUUUCUCUUUUUUGAAGUAUGUGAAUUCCCCUUUUAUGAAAUAUGCCGUGAAAAUGUAUCAAGAAUUGAGUGUUCAGAGUUGGGGUGCUGUUACCACAAAGAAACGUGCUAUAAGAAAGCUGUACCACGUAAGUAACUAUAAUUUUGUAGCCCAAACUCAAGGUCAGUUGCCAACCUUAAGAGCAAAUUCCCUUUUCUUCAAGUAAGAACAUUAUUAUUAUUAUUAUUAUUAUUAUUAUUAUUAUUAUCCCUCUGUGGCUGCUUCUAGAAAGCAGAUUUCCUUGGACAGCCACAAAUUGGCAAUUACUGCACAAAAACGAGAUGUGAUACAGCAUGAUCACAGAUGUUUGACAGGAGGGUUCUGGAGAGUAGGAAAGAGGAAACUUCUCAUUUCUCCUUUCUUCCCUCUUGAAGCCUCAUUGUAUAUGGCACAAGGAGAAGAGCUUUUCUUAAAACUCAUGGUGUGCACUUCUCCUACACCCCAAGUCCUUAUUUCAAGAAUCCUAUAAGAUCCCAUGGCUUAAGCAAGGCAACUCCUAUCGACCCACCCUGUUUUUCCUUCCCCCUCUCCAAUGGACACUUAUCAACACCCCAUGGCUCCUGAAGGCUAGUGAGCAUGCUCAGUCCUAGUUUCUCUCUCUCUGGCAGGAGAUCUCUUUUCUUUCAUUUAGUAAUGAAUAUACUAUGUACAUGUAUAUGUAUAUGUAUAUGUAUAUGUAUAUGUAUAUGUAUAUGUAUAUGUAUGGAUAGUAGUAUUGCAUCCACCAGCUUGACUGUACUGUGGAUGGUUUUGUAUCACAACCCAACUGACAGACAUGGCACCAUGAAGUUUGCUACUGGAGGAAAGACAAAAUGUCCCAGUUGUUCCUUCCAGUCCUUAACAGGACCCUUGUAGUGUAUUCAACGUUUACAGCAGGGGACAGCAAACUACGGUCCCCGGGCCAGAUCAGGCCCGCCAGGGUUCUAAAUCCAGCCUGCCCGGCCAUUUAAGAACCCGCCACGAAGCCAAGACUCCCGGUGAUGGUGAUGGGAGGACGAGUGGCGGCUCUGCCAAUCAAACGCCAUGCCUGUUUUACCUCAGCGUGGCGUGUGUGGAUGUCUCUGCCAAUCAAAUGCUGCGCCGCACCAGGCGCAGCGUUUGAUUGGCAGAGACGUCCCCGCACUGCGCUGAGGUAAACCAGGCCCGCCGUUUGAUUGGCAGAGCCACCACCGCUCAGUCUCUUCUGCCGCCGCUGCCGCCCUAGUGCUCCUGUGACUGCUGCCACUCUGUGUCCCCAUGAGGGGGGCGGCAGUGGCGUUCCUGGAGGACAGCCGGUCUGGGCUAGGGCUCGGCGGGGCCGCUGCUGCGCUCCAAUGGCAGUCGACAUGACGGAGGACAAUGAGGCCCAGGCAGUGGCCUUCACCUCAGGAGGAUGAAGGGGUGGAAACAUCUGCACAUGGCGGCAGAUGCAGGUGAGGCACCAGCUUGUCCUUGUCUCCGUCUUCGUGCUCCUUGAAAGAGGUGCAUGCCGCUCUCGGCCAGCUGCAGGCUCCCGGCUUCCGAGGCACCCAGUUCCUGCGAGCGUGCCAGCCCACUCUCCAAAACUUCCCGUCUGGCCCCCAACAGUGUCUGAGGGACAGUGAAUCGGCCCCCUGUUUAAAAAAAGUUUGAGGACCCCUGGUUUACAGGGAUAUGGAAAAUUAUAAAAAGAGAUGAAGUGUGGGGGGGAAAGAACCCUCAUCAUCCAAAUAUUUCCAUUCCUGUGUUAAAGAACUCAGAUUAGGGACAGCCAGCCAAUCUCAUGCCUAAGUGCUUUAAGGGCUAUAUAAUGGAGUAGGCAGAAAAGCUUCUGGAAAGGGAACUUUGAUUUUGCACAGGAAUGGUGACAUUGCACUCUUUUCUAAAAAAAAUUGCAUUUCAUUUUCAGUGUUCUCUUUGCACUGGAAUUCACUUGUGAACUGCCUUGGGAGCCAACUUUCUGAAAUAUAGGAUAGAACAAAAUGCAGUGAAGACGAAUACCAAGGAGAAUACCAAAUAAUCCUAUGCACAGUCGCAACAUGGGACUCUGAGGCACAGAGGCAGUGUGGAUUGCCUCCAACCUGGCUCUGCCCAUCUGAACUCAGAUGAAUAAACCUGUUGAGAGUCUGUUGGGAUUCAGGGCUACAAUCCUAUUGGUUGUGGGUCUCCACUAGAAUGGAGGUGGCGAGUGCUGCUUCUGACUUGGUGCGGCCUUGGCAGGGUCUGAGCCACCGGCUUCGUUUGUUGGGUGCUUAAAUGGGCCUUGGCCACAGCAGCUCCCCAACUCAGCUGGCCUGUACUGCUGGUUGGAUGACCACAUCAUCAAACAGAGGACACAGAUCUGCAUAAAAUUUACAUAGGCCAAUCUAUAUCAUAGCUGUCAACAUUUCCCUUUUUUUAAAAGGGAAAUUCCCUUAUUCCGAAUAGGAUUCCUUGCAAGAAAAGGGAAAAGUUGACAGCUAUGAUCUAUAUGUGCAAAUUCAGAUUUAGAAAUAAUUACUAUAAUUUAAUAGAAGUAGAAUGCAUCUCAUUGAGAGCCAGUGUGGUGUAGUGGUUAAGAGCGGUAGUCACGUAAUCUGGGGAACCGGGUUCGCGUCUCCGUUCCUCCACAUGCAGCUGCUGGGUUACCUUGGGCCAGUCACACUUCUCUGAAGUCUCUCAGCCCCACUCACCUCACAGAGUGUUUGUUGUGGGGGAGGAAGGGAAAGGAGAUUGUUAGCCGCUUUGAGACUGCUGAAGGGGAGUGAAAGGCGGGAUAUCAAAUCCAAACUCUUCUUCUUCUUCAUGAAAGUGGGGAAAACCUGACCAGAUAGCCAAGUGUGGCUGUCCAGGUGUUGUGGUUCUUUAUCUUUAACCGCAAUCUUUUAAACUAUUUGGAUCCGUCAAUGCUUCAAAGAGCUGGCUCCUUCAAAUACAGUGGUGCCUCGCAAGACGAAAAGAAUCUGUUCCGCGAGUCUCUUCGUCUUGCGGUUUUUUCAUCUUGCGAAGCAAGCCCAUUAGCGGUUUAGCGGAUUAGCACUAUUAGUGGCUUAGCAGGCUUAGCGGAUCAGCUGAUAAGCGGCUUAGCGGCUUAGCGGAUCAGCUGAUAAGCGGCUUAGUGGCUUAACGGAUCAGCUGUUAAGCGGCUUAGCGGAUCAGCUGAUAAGCGGCUUAGCGGCUUGGGAAAAAGGAAAAAACCCCCGCAGGAACUCGCAAGACAUUUUCGUCUUGCGAAGCAAGCCCAUAGGAAAUUCGUUUUGCGAAGCACCUCCAAAACGGAAAACCCUUUCGUCUAGCGGGUUUUCCGUCUUGCGAGGCAUUCGUCUUGCGGGGCACCACUGUACAGGAUAAAUGGCUGGCCAUGGACUUCAACAUUCAUGACUGCAGUCCUUUCAUCGUUUAGACAAACUUGAACAGGCUGUGUAUGAAGCUCUCCUUAACUGAAAUGUUGCCUAAAACUACAGUUGUUUAUGUAUGAGUGUUUUGGGGGAGGGGGAAAAUCCUGGUUAAUGUGGCCCUUUAAAAAAAUAAAUAAAUGUGAGAACCAUCUCUCCUCUUAAAGUGAAGGCUGUGCCAAACAGGAAAAGUCUGAUGAUGUCAACUGUACCUUUUCAGUUCAGAAGAUGGUUUCAAUCGCUUUGAAGGGAAGUUUAUCUAUAGGAUUAGGCAGAACAGGAUGACUCUCUGAGGCCUGUUUUAAACAGUGGCACAGACCACAAGGUAAGGUAGGCAACUGGUGUGCUUGUAGUGACCACGUAACUCUCCAUUGUAUGCUUGUAACAAAGCUGUCCUUUAUAAACAAGAUAAAUAAAUUCAAAAUUAACACUUCACCCUGUCAGAAAUUUGAAGAAAGUUGCAUUUUUAUUUUUAGAAUACAUGAAAGCCUUUAUUUGCUUAAUAGUGAUCGUGAUGGUGGCCUUCUGUAUAUUUGUGCUGUAUAGGUAAGUUGACGCUUUAUACAAACUUGAUUAGCUAAAUGUCGGCCUCCUAUGAGUUACUUAAAAUAUUCCGGGAUUAAGCCCCAAGAAAAUGUUGCUAAUGUUAUAGUUUAGAAAAGGAGAGCAGGAUUUUAUUUUUUUCUUCAUAUUGAUUCAUGAAGGAAGGUAUGAGAUCCACAAAAAGGAGAAGAUUGAGAGAUGUGUGGCUGAGGGGUAUAGGUUCUGGACUGACUGACUGACUGACUGACUGACUGAAUAAAUGAAUGGGAUAGUUCAAUCUAGAGCCUAUAAAAUGCUUUUAUUUUCUUUGUAAGAAAGUUUAGAACAUUUGUAAUAUUUUAAACCGGUUGCAUCUGGAAGAGGUGGCUUUGGUGGUCUAAUGUAGCAUCCUGCUUGCGGUUAACGCUUAGCUGGAAUGAAAUAUUCAACGCAGCAAUAGAGAAAUUAAAAUAAUAAUUUAUUUGUCAGACAAAUAAAUGAGAGACACAGUGGUAUAUGGAUACCAAAGCUCUGCCCACUCCAGCCCUGAUGGCCAGCACUUAUAUUUCCUCAGCCCAGCCCCCUUGCUCCUCCUUUGGCUGCCUCUGUCCAAUCAGCCUGGUUGAAAUUCCUAUUGGCUGUUUGCUAGAACCAAUCAUAAAAGAUACACCCAUUUCCUAUAACGUAUUAUGGGAGACAAAGAGCUAUAUUUCCUUCUAUCCAUAAAUGGCAGACAAGUAGCCAUAUAUCUUACAUUUGCCUCGACCAGGCACCUUAAUUAUCAGAUCAUCUUUGCCCUAUUGCCCUAUUGCCCUAUUGCCCUAUUCACUCCAAAACAGAUGGCUAAUGGUUUUAAUUUUUAUCUUAAACAGAGAUCUUGGGUUCACCUUCUCACACACCAUCAAUGAAAUAAGAAUCUAACAUAAGAAUCUAACAUUUCUUACUUUCUAAAUCCUUUGCAUAAUUACAUUUAAGCCAAUAUAUUUCAUACAUAACAUAUAUAGAUUUUUAGAAGAAAAGGCCUUUUCAAAGUAACAAGGAACUUAAUAAAAACAGUUUCCAAAAGCAACCCCUUAAAUUUACACCCCCCCUUUCAAGCCAGCUGCUGUUCCCAUUAGCUCUUGCCCUUUAACCUUAGGAAGAUGUGGCUCGAGUCUGAUGGGAGGCACAUGGUAUUUUCUGUUAAACAAUAAAUUUCACUAUUUACCAACUCUUAAUUAGUGUUUUUGCAGCUUGAUUGUAUUCUGUAAUUUGUAUGGUCAAUAUGACCUUUUGCUCCCAGCCUGUAAUUUCCUUUUACAACCCUGAGGUACUGCUAUAGAUCAGGGGGGGCCUUGAUCAAGAAGAUAAACAACUGCCAGAGUACUCAGCCAGCUGCUUUAUGCCUGGCAUAAAGCAUACAAACAUUUGCAAAUAUAUUUUUUAAGCUCAUUUUAAAAUGCAGACCUUGAUCUGAUGCCUCACUAACUGUGUGGAAGAGUGGGAAAUAAUAAUAAUAAUAAUAAUAAUAAUAAUAAUAAUUAAUAAUAAUUUUAUUAUUUGCACCCUGUCCAUCUGACUGGGUUGUCCCAGCCACUUUUGGCAGCUUCCAACAUACAUGAAAACCUAAUAAAACAGUAAACAUAAAAAAAUUUCCCUAUACAGGGAAUACAUCACACCAAGAUAUACCAGUAGAAUUCUAAAUUUAAAAUAUUAAGCUUUAGAUUCCUAAAUUAAUCAACAUGCUGCACUGGGACAAGCAAGGCAAUUUUCUUUGGUUUUUAUGUGUGUGUUUUCAUCAAAAGGGUAUGAAUAUGUUUCUUAAUAGCUUAACUACAGGUAAGAUCGGGGUCCCAUUCCAUCGAGAAGCACCUGUAAGUAAGGUUUCCCCUGGAGUGGUUUCUCAGAUAGCAAAGUGUGGGUAACCUGUGGCCUUCUGAAUGAUGUGAACUCCAGAUCCCAACACACCUACAUAGGCCAUGUGGACUAGGGCUGAUGGGAGUUGUAGUCCGAAACAGCUGGAGGGCAAAACAUGGGAAGACCCCUGACAUAAAAGCGCAUGAACCCAAUAUUAUCUUGGGACUGCACAUUGCAGGGUGAGAUCAGUGAUAGAGAAUGAGUUUUUAAAUUUUAAUCUUUGGGGAAGCUUGGCCUGUAUCAGCGGUGAACUUUGAGCUUUCAAAUUUCAGUGGUGCCCCGGGUGUGGCUAAAUUUUGGCGCACACACCCCAUCUCAUUCGCUCCGUUCUACAGCAUUGUUGUGGCACCCUCUGCUGUGCAAUACCUAGUAUGGUCACACGGGUCUACCGUAAAACUGCCUCUUCUAGUCUUACUGAUCUUCAAGCUGAGGAGCUGCUAAUGAGCUUUUGAGAAAAUUCAGGGAUUCCUGAAACUGUUUGAAAACCACUGGUUUAACAUAAAGUCCACCUUAAUCCAACAGUGCAGUGUGGAAUUUGUACUAUUAUUAUUGUUAUCACGGUGGAUAAAAAUGAUUAAAAAAACCCGGAUUUUUUAAAUUUAAAAUGGAUUUUUAAAAUUUAAAUUUAAAUUGGAUUUUUGAAAUAAAAUGCUUUUGGAGGAAAAUUCUUUUAAGUUACAUUAUAGUCCAAAGGCUGUUCAUCAGGAAAUAAGGAUUUAAGUUUUCCAUGUGUGCCUAAAACUCAGUCUAAGUUUUUCUUUUUAUUGUUUAACCACAUCAGUUAACAAACAUGGAUACAUAUGCUAUAAUGUUAUUGUUUUAGUUAAAUUGUUUAAAUUGUUAUUAAGGAAAUGAUUAUUUUUCUCCUUCCAAUAAAGUACAGCAGAAGAGUUGUCCAAAUAUAAACAGUUAACUUAUUAAACCUCACAAUAAUUUCAUAAUUAUCUGUCUAUCUUCUAACAGUAUAACCAAAUCAGUAAUUUUUGAUACAACCAUAAAUGCUAUUCUCAAAAUUUAUUAUUCAAAAAAUUAAACCUUCAUCUGGUUGUAAAUUAUAGAUUAUACCAGCAAGAAUAAGUCUUUCUGUAAAAAAAUGAUUGAUAUCAAUUCUUACUGACGUGAUUUAAAUUGUGAUUUAAAUCGAUUUUAUUCAAAUCAAAUCCGCCCUGGUUAUUAUUAACAGCAAAUAACAAAAUUUCAAAACAGUUGUUGCGCAGGUAAAAAGAGAAAGUCAUCUUUAGAGGAUGAAGUGAAAAGUUCAUCAGAUGAAAGUGACAGUUCUGCAGAGUCUGAUGAAGAUUAGCUCCAGGUAUAUGAAAAGUAAGUGGGUUUUUUUUGUGUGUGUUGCCCCAUGGAAGCAAUCACUGAAUGCUUUCUCGUUAUCUGAUACAGUAGUGAUCAUCAGGACAGUCCAAGAUGGUAUUCAGACAUGUACAUAGAAGCAAAAGUGUACUUAAGAUCCCAGAUCAGAUUUCAUCCCUGUUAGGGAGGGGGGCGAAAUCUGAUUCACAUUCACAUUUAAAACUGAAUGAAUCAAAUCUGCACUUUUUGAAACGGUAAGAGAACUGAAAUGCAGCCAUCUUUUGAAAUUCACACUUUUUUUUCAAAUUUUGCAAUGCAGUUCUCAAACCAACCAUUUUUUUUUAAAGGCAUGCAUUAGGAGAAACUGUGCAUGCAUAAAAGGAACAUACUAGUGAACAUAACAUUCAGAAAUGCCUAAUAUUAGGAGAAAUGGCUGGCAAAAAUGUGUCCACUAGUCAGAAUCACAGACAAAAAUGUGUUAGGAAAAAUUUGCACCAAAUUUUUAAAGACAUUUCAUGAGGUGUUUUUUUUUUUUUUUAAAUUGCAAGUUGUUUCACAAAUGCAGAGAACUGAAUUGAAGACUGGAAAAAAGAGAAACACAGAGAAGCAAAACUGACUGUUGUUUUGAUUAUGUUUUAUUGGAUGCUUAUUGCUGACUUUAUUCUUAAAUGCUGUAUACUGCCAUGAUAGAUUUUUAUGAAUGUGUGGAUUAUCAAUCAAUCAAUCAAUCAAUCAAUCAAUCAAUCAAUUAUCUUUCCAUCAGAUAGCACUCAAAGUACUGAUUAAGACAGAAAGGGUUAGUACUGGAAGUGGACAUGUCAGAAAAAGAAUUGCGCGCUCUCUCUCUCUCUCUCUCUCUGGAUUUGAUUGAUUCUAAAGCAAGUCAUUUUGUUCUGUUUAGCUCUCAUUGAAUUGUAGAAUGGCAAGACAGAAGUGGACACCAAACUUGGAUUUAAUUUGGCCGUGAUGACUUCAUUGCUUACUAAGAGCCUGCCCAGUGCUGACUCCUGAAACAAUUGGGUCUUAUUAAACAAGUCCCAACUGUGCCCUUUUAAAAUCUUACUGUGCUUGCUUUAGAACAGCUGCAACAUGCCCAAUAAAAAGAAAAGAAAAAAACCCAAAAUCCUAAGAGGCAGUUAUGGAGUUGUGUUGGAAGGGGAGGUGUGU